GGGCUUCUCGCUGCGGUCUGUGGCUGUUCAGCUCGACGGAAGCUAACAGCUAACGGCCAACGGGUUCGCGCGGAGAUGCGCUCAUACCGACAAGCAGAGCGACACUUGCGCUGCUGACUCGGUCCCGGUUCUAUGAGCCCAGCUUGACCCGGAUCGCUUGCCUUGCUCCGUGCCGGUAGGCCGCUCUGCCCUGUUAGCAUGUUGGCGUUAACGGGCCGGUGUUCUUAGUGUUAGCCUGUUAGCCGCCAGCUAGCGCCUCUUUGUUUCCGAGCUAACCGAGGUUCUCCGCAGGAUGUCCCGCUGCGGACCCCCCGCACAGCUCGUUUCCACACUGGAGGCUCCGCUCAGCGGUUCGCGUGUCUGUUAGCUGACGGUCCGGUGUGUCGAUGAGCUCCGGUAGCUCCGGUAGCCGCUCAGUUCGGUGCUCAGGUCUGCUAACAGCUGACAUGCAGCGCUCAGCUCUGUGACCUUGGACUCCUCUUCAUCAUCUUCAUCAGAGCAUCAGGGUUAACACUGGGGUUACGAUGGCCCUCAGAGAGGACUGCAGGCAGGCUAUGGUCUGCCUGUUGCUCUUGACAGUCUGGACCACACGGAGGUGCACUGAGUUACUUCUGCAUCCAGUCUGCUCUGAGUCCAAUAGCGCAGGAAGAGGAAGUACAAAGAAGAGGCAGAUUAAGUGAGCAGGUGAAGGGUUCUGCUGUCCUUUUCCAUAUAAACACUGUGGAGUUUAUUUCCAGCAUGAAGGGAAGGUGUAAGCCAGCCAGAGUCACACAUUCAUUCACAUACUGUGGUGAUGAUUCAGCCUGCUGUGAUCAGGGGACAGGUGUCACCUGGACAGGUGAAGUGGUUUCAGAGACUUUAGAUGCUGCUGAAAAGCUUCAGACCCUCCUGCUCUCCCUGCAGACGUCUGAGGGAUCUUCCAGGAAUGGUGACACUAUUUUCUGGAGAACUGAUUGGUCAGGAGGUGGUGAAUUCAUACCUGAUCUUGAGUUCUGCUCGAGAUGCAUUGCUGCCUCUCAGAGGAAUGACAAUGUCUAUGUGUCAGGGAUUUCUAACGCCUGUGGUGAUGUGGCAGAGCUCCUGCGAGCAUCCAGCGGCGUCAUCACCAGCCCCGGAUGGCCCUUCCAGUAUCCAGCCCGACUGAACUGCAGCUGGAACAUCAGGGCGCGACCUGGAGAUGCCAUCACCAUCAGCUUCCAGGACUUUGACCUGCAGGGUUCCCACCGCUGCACCUCUGACUGGAUGUCCAUCAGCAGCUACAGGAGCCUGGAUGGACUCCGGGUCUGUGGCUCCUCUUUGCCACCACCCUACAUUUCUUCACAGGACCAUGUGUGGAUCCACUUCCAUUCUGAUGAUAGCCUGACCGGAAAAGGCUUCAGACUGUCAUACAUCAGCGGUAAGCCAGAGGCAUCCAGCUGUGACGUGGACCAGUUCCACUGCUCCAAUGGGAAGUGCAUCCCAGACUGGUGGCGCUGUAACUCCAUGGACGAGUGCGGAGACAAUUCAGACGAGGACCUGUGCGUGGACUCGCCAUUCUCCUUCCAGCCCUGCAGCCUGAACCAGUUCCCCUGCCUGUCACGCUACACCCGCAUCUACACCUGCCUGCCCCACAGCUUGCGCUGCGAUGGCAGCAUCGACUGCCAGGACCUCGGUGAUGAGAUCGACUGUGACGUUCCCACCUGUGGCGAGUGGUUGAGGAACUUCUAUGGUUCUUUCAGCUCUCCAAACUAUCCUGACUUCUACCCUCCAGGAAGUAACUGCACUUGGCUGAUUGACACUGGAGACCACCGGAAGGUCAUCCUCAGGUUCACAGACUUUAAACUUGAUGGGACCGGCUACGGCGACUAUGUCAAGGUCUAUGAUGGGCUGGAGGAGAACCCCCGCCGACUCCUUAGAGUGCUAACUGCCUUUGACUCGAGAGCGCCAGUCGCCGUGGUUUCAUCAUCUGGUCAGCUUCGAAUUCACUUCUACGCCGACAAGAUCAAUGCGGCCAGAGGCUUCAAUGUCACCUACCAGGUGGACGGGUUCUGCCUGCCCUGGGAGGUUCCAUGUGGGGGAAACUGGGGAUGUUACACUGAGCAGCAGCGCUGCGAUGGGUACUGGCACUGCCCCAACGGUCGAGAUGAACUCAACUGCUCUUCGUGUCAGGAGGACGAGUUCCCCUGCUCCAGAAAUGGAGCCUGUUAUCCUCGAUCGGACCGCUGCAACUACCAGAACCGCUGUCCCAACGGUUCUGAUGAGAAGAACUGUUUCUUCUGCCAACCAGGAAACUUUCACUGCAAGAAUAACCGCUGUGUGUUUGAGUCGUGGGUUUGCGACGCGCAGGAUGACUGUGGCGAUGGCAGCGAUGAGGAGAGUUGUCCUGUCAUCGUUCCCACGCGAGUCAUCACAGCCGCUGUCAUCGGCAGCCUCAUCUGUGGCCUCCUAUUGGUCAUCGCCCUUGGCUGCACGUGCAAGCUUUACUCGCUGCGCAUGUUCGAACGCAGGUCAUUUGAGACCCAGCUGUCCAGAGUGGAGGCAGAGCUGCUGAGGAGGGAAGCCCCACCCUCUUACGGUCAGCUGAUUGCGCAGGGACUGAUCCCACCUGUGGAGGAUUUCCCAGUGUGCUCGGGGAGCCAGGCUUCGGUCCUGGAAAACCUUCGUCUGGCUGUCCGCUCUCAGCUCGGCUUCACAUCCCUCAGACUGCCGUCCUCUGGUCGUCGUAGCAACCUCUGGCGCCGCCUCUUCACUUUCUCACGGUCGCGACGGUCAGGCUCUUUGGCUCUGGUCUCUGCAGACCUGGAGGACAGCGCUGGCACUGGCAGCACUGGAAGCUCUGGCUCAGACCUGUUGUCUCCAGACUCGGACGACACAGACACAGAGGGUGAGCGAGGGCGAGAGCGAGGCAUGGGCGCAGUGGGUGGGCCUGUUGCACCCCUUCCUCAGAAAACCCCGCCUCCCUCUGCAGUGGAGGCCGCCCUGUCAGUGACACAGUCUGUGACCGCCGUGACCCUGACACCCGGUCGAGACCGUGAAAGGUCUAGAGAGGCCCCGCCCCCGUCUAGCCCUGUCACCGUUGUAACCUCCAAUCCAGAUCCUGAAUGUCACAGUGACGCCUCUGACCUCCAGGCCCCAGCAGCCUCUGCGCUGCAGCGCUUGGCCCAGAACCUGCACCGCUUGGCCAGGAACCUGACCAGAACAAACCAGAACCAGACCUGGACCAAUCACAGCCCCCUGCGCCAGCUAGAGACAGGAAGAGGCGGGGUUGAAGCAUCUGAGCGACGGGGUAGUGGAGAGGAAGAGGAAGAUGUGGAGCUCCUGAUCCCUGUCUCUGACUCAGACUCCUCCUCCUCAUCUUUAAUUGUCAGUGACGUCCGGCAACCUCUGCUGGAGUCACACCCCACCUCCACUGUGAGCCACGCUCCCCGCCAUCACCACGGGAAUGGUGGUCGAGGAGGGCGGGAUGGCCCCUGCGAACACUGUGGGAUGGUCCACACAGCUCAGAUCCCUGAUGCCUGCCUGGAGGCAACUGGCAAAUUGGAGAGCAGCGACGAUGAGCUGCUGCUGCUGUGCUAACAGGCUAACUGACAAGCUAAUGCUAACCCUACACCUUCAGUGUUGUAACACACUAACUGUAGCUGUUAGCAUGCUAGCCUGUCAGCAGUGCUGCACAACGCUACACAGUGACCCCACCCCUCAGACACUCAGAGGUCAGAUACCUGUUAGCCUGUAUUAGCACGCUAGCUGGAUCUGUGAUGUCAAAGUUAAACAGACGGAGUGAUGUCACUGAUUGAAUCCUUGUUGGUACGACUUUAAAAACAGUCCCUCUGAUGCCCGGUCUGUCUGUUAGAACACUCCCCCUCCUUAUGGUACCACUGAACAGACUGAACGUCUGUGUCGAGUUCCCCAGCAGGAAAGAGGGUCAUUGGAGGCAGCCAAAGGUCCAGCCCACAAAUAACACCACCCCACCUCACCCACCCCCAUAGGUCCGUUGGCAUUUCCUGCACUCCCAUUGGGCCUCACUUAAGUCGCUGACCUUAGAAUUCAGGUUACUUCCUCUUGGUACCACACACAGAGGAAGAGCUGAGGUCACCAGAUUCUCCCGUCACCUGCAGUUAUGUGAUGGUGGUGCCAAGAGACGCUGGAACUGAUUAGGUCAAAUAUUCAGUGUAUUGAUUAGGAGAGCGUUAAUUGGCUAUUGAUGGUGAAGCACAACAUCACAAAUGCGUUCUCAGUAGCUUAUAGUUUAAAUUUAGAACUGGACCAGUAGCUGGCUUUCUCCCCCAGUCAUGUGACCCUCACGUCCAGUGCAGUCAGGUUCCCUGCCGGAGUUCAGAGACACAGAAGGUCAAAGGUCAGUGUUUAUAGCUCACAUUGGACCGAAAGGUUUUGGUACAGCGGAGGAUCGGAACCCGAGUCAGACUUACCUGAAUUACAAAGGUUUUGUAGCCCCGCCCCCUCGCCGCUGCUCCUCCCAGACUGAAGCCAUUUCUGAUGUUUGUUACAGUUUUUGGUAAUCAGCUGACCUCGUGUGCGUGUGACUUUGUAUAUUUAUUAUUAUUAUUCAUGAUGUGGUUAUUAUUAUUAUUGUUAUUAUUGUUCUUAUUCAUGUUGUUGUGGUGAUUUUGGUGGUUUGCUGUUUUCUGACCUGCAUGAAUCCAGCUGUUUGGUGUUUUUCUUUGUAAAGUUAAAACCUGUUAAACUGCACUAAAGAUUAAAAGUUCACCUCCAGCA